GUUGUAACGAACGCCCGCUGUUCAAGUUUUACUUUUAGGAGAGCGUGCGCUCGCGCAGCAGGCACGCACUAACUCUUCCGCGGACCGCUCAGUGCUACAACGGCACUGGUCGAGAACGAACUUGGGACCUCGAACCAGACACGACGAGCGACUGUGAACUGUGAACUUGCCAGUGCUUUGUGUGUUUGUGACUUUUAUUUGAAUAUUUCUCUCGAUAUUGUCACCGACUCUAGUUGCGUUGCGUGUCACAAGUUGAAUCGCACGACCGAACCCGUGCGCCGCAUUGUUGAGUCGGACGUCAAGGGCGGCUCGAGUGUGCUCGUGAAACGUAUCUACACUGCUAUCACGACUAUAAUCUACAUAGCAACUGGGAUUUCCGAAAAUAAAAACACCGUUAAGUGAGCUACAAGCCUACAAGCACGCGUGCGGACAAAAUGCGAGUGCACCUGCACCGCUUUUGCUGACAGUACCGUUUAUGCCGCACACGUCAGCCAUGGACCACCGGCUCGUUGCCCUACUGGCGGUCGCCGCCCAACUUUGUAGCAUAGUAUCCACCGAAGGGCCGGUGUACGCUGGCAGCCAGCCCGCCGUAGCCAGCGUCCCCGCCAACAAUUUCCUCACACAGACCGUGUAUGGCUUCUUGGACUUCACCACCACCAUAGGGAACACCGUUAUGGUGUUCUCCCCACACUCCGCCCCACCACCAGAACCACCGAAAACAGAGAAACCAGUUCAAGAGAAUAUAAUAGAAACUAAGCCACCACCUCCAUCGGUAAUAAGUGUGAAACCUGAAGCCAUUAAACCAAGCAAAAUAUCAGACAACGUUAAGACCAAGAAGCCUUCUGGGCCAGCAGUAAUAUCAAGUGCGAUAUCUGUCGUGUCUUCUCCGAACAAAAACGAUGAUAAAGUUGUUAACGUCCCGAAGUCUAUAAUCAAGGAACAAAAACAAAUUAUCACAAAAGUUGAAGUUGUCGCUGGACCAUCAAAAAUUGUAGAAAGUAGUUCUCCGAAACCAUCUCCAUCGAAGCCGAGUAAACUUAGUAAACCUAGUAAUUCUAGUGAUAAGAAACACAAACCCGACGCCAUAAAAAGUAUCACAAAUGUAGUCAGUAGCAAAGUUGAAGUUAAACAAGCACCACCAGCAUCAAUAAUUAAUUCCAAAGUCAGUAGCGUAGUGCAAAUUAAAUCCAGCCAAGCGGAAGAAGAACCGGCGAUUUUAAUCACCAAUAAUAAUAUCGGUGAGCCAGAAUACGAUUUCUUAUCUCGACAACCCUCCGAAUUUGUUGAAGAGACCUACAAAGUUAUCAAUAUAAGACCCUCAAAAUCUCAUGCACAAAAACCAAAACAUAAGAACAGAGUACACCCGCCUACUCCACAGCCGGAAGACGAUGAUCAUCCACUUGGUCUAGUAACAACUCUUGGCGGUACUAUAGUGAAAGAUGGACUUACAACAGUACAUGAAACUAGCGUGAUAGGAACGUAUAUUUCUGGAAAAUAUGCGCAAGUCCUAAAUAGUAACUCCAAAGUACUUCAGGGCGGUCACAGAAAUAAGAUUGCACCAACUCCUACACAUAGAAUUUUGAAGACUCCAGCACCGGGUUUGAAGAAUCAUAGACAUAAUUUAGAACCCACUCCAUCAAUAAAUGAUGACGAUAAUCAUGGUAAAACUACUCGCCGGCAAACUUCUAAUGGCAGUUCCUUUAAAAAUCGUCACAGAGUCCAAAAUAAUUCUGAAAAUGAUAACCAUGCUAAUGUCCAACCUAGUCAAGGCAAAAAAUUCAAGAACAGAAGCUCCGGUCAUUCCCAGCGAACUCAAAGUACUCGUUAUGGCCGACCUGCAAACGCCCCUCAACUAGCAACCGUCUCUGUUUUCAGUGAAACAUCAUCUUCAUUCACCAAUAGAAGAAAAAAUAACCGUAACUCUGCCCAAAAGACUGCUGUCGCCCAAUCUAGUAAUGAAAGCCAAACAAAACGAGGUUUUAAACCACGUGUUCAAGCUACACCAGUUGAACAAGUAACACCAGCUGCAUCGACUAGUAUAUAUAAGUUUAAACUGAACCGCUCACCAGGAUCAGGGCGUUGGCAAUAUAAAACAAGUCCCAAACCUAAAGUAACUAUAAGAAAAAUGAAUGGAGGCGACGACGAACAAACUACACCAAUUCCUAAUCCUUUCAUCGACGAUCUUCAAGCGAAUGACCUUUCUCCUCAAGCGAGAUCAGAUAACGACCUCGAACUCCAAGGCUCUCAGAGUGGACUGGGGACACUUCUUGAAAGCGAUACGGAUGAUAACUCGAUAGAGAAACCUCCGCCCGUUGAAACUAUAAAAGUUGAAAUAUCCACUCCUGCCGAUUUUCGAGAUGUUUAUUAUGAGAUAGCUACGAUCAGAUCUCCUUACACUUUCCAGGUGGGACGUGUCAAAAAUACUCGUAUCAUCACAGUGACGUCUACAAUAGAAAAACGCAUUGAACCAACAAUAAUACCUAACUCGCAAAGUUCUCUCAACGAGCCGUUGACAGAAAAUAUAUUAGCGACAGCUUCUCCUUACGGAAAAGAUCACAAUUUGGAUUCAAGUAUCGCAACACUACCAGCAAUAACCUUAUCGUCUGACAUGGAAACUCCACCAUUAGAAACUGUUACGGAAACUUUCAGUACUACACAAAAUAUGUUAAAAACUCACAUAUUACCAGUUGUAAGGGACGCUAACAUAACUAGCAGCCUAACUUUUAUACAGACUUAUCAUGUAACAAGAUUUGUAACUGCCACUAAAACAUUACCACCAAUGGACUUCUUCCAAUUCAUACCAAGCAAGACAUUAAAAGAAUUCAACAGCCGUCUUGAUGAAGCCGGAUCCGAACUACAUUUGGAAUUAGAUUUCGGUGAUAGCAACGAAGACGAAGACGGUGUUCCACGACGAGUAUUCCCACCAGAUUUGGAUUUGGCCAACAUUGGCUCUGAAUUUGAUUUAGCCGAAGUGGAUAAAUACGGCGCCCCGGACAACCACUUGAGACUCAAGAAAGCGCAUGGACAAAACAAAAAUAACCAUGUAACUGAAGCACCCUCCCCGCCUACUCCCGCUCUCACCCCAGAACAAGCUCAGCAACUCGCUCUAUUAAGACUCCUGAAUCCAGCUGCCGCAGCUCAAAUCCCCAAUGUUGUAACAACAUCCAAACCAAUACUGAAAUACGAAACAGUAUACGAAUCACACGUGAUUCCCGUCUUUGAUGGCAAAAAUACAAUACAGAGCACUAUUUCUAGACCAGUAGCAACUAUCACAAAGACCGAAUAUGAAAUCGGCACUAGCAGCCUACCAGCUUUACCACUGCAACCUAUCAAUCCCCUGUAUCCUCAACAACAAUUCACUGUCACAUCGACACCUGUCGUCAUGAACACAGAAGUGACUGCGACUGACAGCCAAAUUCUAAAACUGACAUUUGGUGCUAAGACGGUUUACACCACUCUAUUUACUACUAAAGUAGUUCCUACAGUACUCACGUCCUAUGUCACUUCCUCAAUACCAAUACAGCCUAGUGCAGGCUUCCCGGGAUACUUCCCAGCGCCAUUUGCACCCUUCCCCUAUGUAGGUUAAAUAAAUUUUAAUAGAAAAUACUAUUCAACUGAACGUUCGAAUAAGUGAAGAGUGAAAAAUAGUGGAAUUGAAAUGUAACACGGGAAUGUUACGUAAACUAUUCAAUGUGGAUGUGUUAUUGUAGUGCAAGUGAUAAACUAUAUCGUGGGUGAGCUGUAAACUGUGGAAAACAGCUGAAUGUUAGGAUUUAUAGCCUUUGUGGAAAACACGAAAACUCUUAACCUUGUAUUUUCUUCUUAAGUUUUCCGAGCUAAGCGCUGCGCGGCGCUGCGUGUUCGUCGCGUGAAGGGGAAAUCUUGCUGACAGCAAAUAAAUGUAACAAUUUGUAUACAGCCAUUUUCUUUGUAAUUUGUAAAAUGCUUUGUAAAUAAUUUAAUUUAUAAAUAGUAUUCUUUGUGUAUAUAGAUGAUUAAAUAAAAUAGAAAUAUUUGUACUUUUUCUUAGUCUUAGUUAAUUUAGGUGAAUAUUGUAAAAAUGGCAAAAAUUACUUAAUUUUGUAUGCUUACAAUUGUUUGACAGUUUUUGAUACAAAUAAACCUUUAUAAGGAUACCUUUAAAUUAAACGGGGAUUUGUACAUUACAAAUAAAAUGAAAAAUAUGUUUUAUUCGUGGUUUCCUUGUCCC